AUGGCUGCCGUUGUCUUGGUCAAUCUAGAAAGCGGGUGCCUGGACCGGGUUGCGCAGAAGCUCGGGAUAUCGUCACCUCGUCUCGCCUUGUUUCGCUGGCUGGGCCGGUUUGCUUGGCGGGAGAGCUGGAGUCCAUCCAGAACAUUACCCUUGGGCGGUUACGUAACUGGGUUAGCGAGGGCACCCAGUGGACGCCCCCCGGAUUUGCAGGCCUGUAGCGGCGUUGGAACUCAGUGCUGCAGUCCGCCCACGCUGCCACAGCACCUGAAAUUUGGUGCCGGGCUGCACUGGAAGCUCGGCCAGCUGGCACUCACCAUCGCCAGGCGAGCCGCCGUCGGCAUUUCCCGUGAGAAUCUUGUGCAUGACGUGUUUUUCCGACGCUCCACGGCCGUCGCGGUCCAUGACCAAUCAACGCCCCCAUCCCGAAAUUCGCCUUCUUUGAGGCUCAAUGCAGGAGGACCGCCCGGGACACCGCAGAAAAGAGCUCCCCAUCCAUUCCUCAUCAUCGUAUCAUCGGCCGACAUCAACAACAGCCUACACCUACAACUACACAUCGCCUUCCAUUCUGUCUCUCUCGUCCCGCCCGACAAGGCCAAUGGAUCCCGACGUCUAGCCAUGACCCAAGACUAUUUUCCGCCCAAGGGGAAGGCCCCGAGCGCCUCCCGCGACAUCGACAACCACAGCGACGACGUCGACGUCAACGGCAACCCCGACAGCCCGUCCAACACCGCCGGCGCCUCGGGCCCUGGCUUCGUCACCGUCGGCACCGGCUCGACCUCGCACCACGCCGCCAGGCUGCAGUCGCUCCUCGACAACGACUCCGGCUACGGCGGCAGCAUGGCCGACGGCGACUUCAACGCCGCCAAGCUGCCUCUCGGCUCACCGCGGACUGACCCGAGCAUGGCCGACAUGCCUCUGGGUUCCUCGUCCCUCGCAUACGCCGAUGCCGACGCCGACGCCGAGCGCAGGACUCAGGAUGCCGCUAUCCACCAGUUGUGGUACAACCAGCAGCGCCUCAAGCUCGCCCGCUCCAUCAACAAGGCCGUCGAUCUGCUCAAGAACCUCCAGGAGAUGAACGUCACCUGGCCCGCCCACUACCCUUCCGUGCAGCGAGCCGAGACCGCCUCCCCCGAACGCCAGCGAGAGCAAGAGCGCCAACGGCGACCCUCGUCCUCGUCGAGACCAAACUUCCAUCAGACGCACUCCAUGGUCGGUGAACCGUCGAGUGCUCGCGCCCCCGGUCUGCGCCGUUCCAUGACCAGCUUCGACGACUACAAUGCCGCCGAAUCCAGCAGGGAUGCCGAGACCAAGACCGCUCCCGAGCCCAGGCUCGUCUCCCCCCAGAUCGCCCAGGAAUUCUCCAUCCUCAAGCUCGACCUGAAGCUAGGUUCCCUGCACCAGGCCGAGCUGGUGCACUCGUUGGAAAAAGGCUCCAUCGCUUCCUUGCUGGACGGCAAGAUCAGCUCUUCCAUCAAGCAUCUACAGUCCCUGAGGGAGAGGAUCGACGACACAUCGAGCAAGGUGCUGGUGACUGGAGAUCUGAAUGCCGGCAAGUCCACCUUCUGCAAUGCGCUCCUGCGCAGGAAGAUCCUGCCCGAGGACCAGCAGCCCUGUACCAGCAUCUUUUGCGAGGUCUUGGAUGCAGCAAGGGAAAACGGUGGUGUCGAGGAGGUCCACGCCGUUCACAAGGACGCCACCUACAACCGCCACGACGAGACCACAUACGAUGUCUUCCCGCUUCAGAAGUUGGAGGAUAUCGUUUUGGACAACACCCACUAUAUGCAGUGCAAGGUCUACGUUCGCGACGUACGCUCUAUCGACGAGUCUCUACUAACCAACGGCGUCGUUGAUAUUGCCCUGAUCGACGCUCCAGGCCUGAACUCGGAUACGACCAAGACGACAGCCGUCUUCGCCCGGCAGGAAGAGAUCGAUGUGGUCGUCUUCGUGGUGUCCGCAGCGAACCACUUCACCAUGACGGCCAAGGAGUUUAUCUGGGCGGCCGCAGCAGAAAAGGCUUACCUGUUCAUCGUGGUGAACGGAUUUGAUGGCAUUCGUGCCAAGGAGAGGUGCGAGAAGAUGAUUCUCGACCAAGUACAAGGUCUCAGCCCGCGAACAUUCAAGGAGUCUUCCGAACUGGUCCACUUUGUGUCGAGCAACGCGGUACCAACGGCACCGCCCCCUGGCGGCCCUGACGGAAGCGGCAGCGGCAGUUCGAGCGGUGGCGGAGGCGGGGAUGACCCGAGUGAUGACCCUAAGGGCAAAGGUAAAGACAAGGAGAAGAUCCAGGAUUUCGAGAGGUUGGAACAGUCACUUCGAAGAUUUGUCCUGGAGAAGCGUGCAAGGUCCAAGCUGGCGCCUGCCAAGACGUACCUCACCAACAUCCUGAACGACGUCAAUGUGCUCGCCAACGUCAACGCCCAGGUAGCUCAAGCUGAGCUUGACAGGGUAACAAAUGCCCUGCAAGAGAUCGAGCCCCUGCUCGAUGCCUCCCGUAAGGCCAAGGCAGAAGUUGGCGAUGAGAUCGAUCAAACCAUCGAGGAGACCUGCAAGGAGAUCUAUGACCACACGAGAAACACCCUGAACACAGCCAUCACCAAUGCUGGCGAGAGCAACCUGGGCGUUCCCUACCACGGCAUCUUUAACGCCUUCCAGUUCGCCGAAGAUCUGAAGGAAGCGAUGCUGUCAGAGAUCCAGGCAUCUGUGACUACUUGUGAGGAACACGCUCGCGCCAAGACCGUUGGCGGCGUCAACGCCAUCAAGCAAUUGGGAAUUCUGCACCUCGGCGACGAAUAUCACGACCUCAACUUCCGAUCCGAUGUCAUGUUCCGAAGACGGCGAGAUGCUCUUGCCAAGCAGAUUGACAUUCCUACUGAACUGUGGGACUUUGUCGAUUGGUCGACCCUGGUGCAGCGCCAGGAGAAGGUCGCUGGCACUGGUAUGGCUUUGACUGUCGCUACCGCUCUCGGCGGCCGACUCAUCGGAGGGUAUGGGUGGAUGGACCACGCACUCAGUGCGGCCAAGGUCCUGGGCAACGACAAUCUACGACGGCUGAUUGUGCCUGGCCUCAUCGUUGCGGUUGUCUCCGCCGCCGCCUACGUUCUCCAGCAGGUCCCGCAGUCGCUGCCUCACAGGCUGUCGACCAAGAUCUCCACGCAGCUUGAAGCCAUCGACUACGUGCAUGCCAACAGCGCCCGAAUCUCGAGUUCGGUCCGCAAGGUCCUGCGCUUCCCCGCAGAUAACCUUCGGGUUGGUCUCACCCGCUCGGUGGAGCAGCUGGGGGCUCGUCGUGACGAGACCCUGAAGACUCGCGGUGAGAGCGAGGUCGCCCUCAAGUACUUUGGCAACCUCGUGCGCGACAGCGCCGCCCACCGCAGGAUGGUGGAAGAGGUCGAUCUGGACGCACACCCGCAGGGUGCUGCCGGCGUGCAUGCCUCCUCCUGA